GUGUUAGUGAGAGUCAGAGGGAGAAGCACCAGGUUGACUUUGAGUCUUUUCUCUCAUUCAGCAGCUUGACUAAUUAAAAUAUUCUGGAAGAAAUUUUACAAACUGGAUCCAAACUGUAAAACGAAACAAGAAGUUUGUGUUAAGAAAUGGAAGUCCAGGCUGUGCUCGUCGUCCUCUUCAUGUUCGCUUCCACCGUGAAAACUGAUGCAGGAGGAGCAGUCUUCUGGAGAAAUAAGGUCACACUGACCUGUCCAGGCGAAGGUAAAUGGUAUGACAACGAGAAGGAGAUCCAUAAUGGGAAAACAUUACAAACUGAGUACAAACAACCAUUAAAAUACCGCUGUGACUACUCUGAAGACGAUAUUGAAAAGACAUAUUUUUUCUACGUAAAAGGAAGGGCAUGUGAGAACUGCUUCGAACUGGAUGCAAGUCUCUUCGGGCUGGUCAUCAUCGUGGAUGUGGUCGGGACAGCAGCUGUGAUGAUGAUGAUCUACAGGUGCACCAAGAAGAGAAGCUCAGAUAAACUCGCUCACCCCUCUAAACCACCUCUUCCACCAGGGAGCCGACGUCCAGCUGGCCCACGAGGAACCUACGAGGAACUACAACCUCGCUCUCGAGCUACAGACACUUACACAACUUUGAACAGGCUGCAAUAAAGACACAUCAUCUAGAGGCAUCAGCGACAUCAGCCGUGUCCCCAGCAGCAUGCAGAUACUGGAUUUCUGUGUUUUAUGUAUUAAAAAAAGACUUAUUUUGUCAGUUAUUACCAUGUAGUUACCUUAUUACAUCCACAUUGUACAUCCACACUCUUAAGUGAUAAAAAAUAAAAACAAAUAUGAUUAGAAAUAAUUUUUUUUUUAAAUUAUGUAACGCUGAUCUUCAUCUGAUCUGUGACAGUUUUCCUGUUUUCUAAUGCAUAACUAAAAAUAUGUUCAUACAAUCUUGUUUAAUUUUGGAUGCAUGAGCUUAAACUGGCAGCUCAACGUCACAAGAGACUAUGCAAUAAGUUUGUCAACAUACAUAAAAGAUGUUACUAUUAAAGGACCAGACGUUGCAGUUAACAUUUUACUUUGCAUUUUGUUCUGUUUAGUGUGGCGUUCAUUGAGCUCUGUGCUUAACCACAUGUACCUGAUUUUAAUCAUCCGGUGACAGCUAAAUAUAAACUGGAUGAUAUUAGUUUGGACAGGUCUUUAACCCCUUUCUACACUGUAAAAAAGUGUAAUAUUAAACCUUUAUUUCCAUAUUAUUUUGUGUUUUUUUUCAUGUACUGUUUUAAAUACGGGGAAAUACUGAUAAUAUUAUGGAAAUAAACUGCAGAUUUAGACAUCUAAUGUAAAAUUACAUGAAAACCUUGAAACUAAAAAUACAUAAAGUCUCCAUGUUUUCAUUUCCCUGUUACAACGCACAUCAAUUUUCAUCAUAAUUUCAGUCAAAUGUAAAGGUAAAUUGCUAAAUUAAGGUUUAAUACUGUUAAUACUGUACUGCACUGGAAUAUUACCAUAUUUAAAGUUUUCAUUUUUACAGUGUAACUUUUUAUUUUUUUUAUUUUUUGUCUGCUAUCUACUGAUGAUAAUUUGCCUUUUUUUUUUUUUUUUUAGUUCCUCAGUCUGGAAAUUUAGGAUUUUUGAUGUUUAUUUUUGUAUGUCUUUAUUCUUCAUUACACUCUGAUGUGUUUUCUUCUUCUAGCUGUAAAUAUGCCACUAUUGAAAUAAACCACAGUCAACCCUGA